AAAUUGACGCUCUCCCUCUGCCACCCGCUUAAUUUUCUAGACUCUCCUACACAUCUCUCAAUUUCUCUGCUCGCAAAAAAAAUAACAAUGAGCCCAAAAACUACUCCACCCUCUCCUAUAUAUACACACCCCAACCCUACACACCUUUCAGACCAUAGAAGCAAGUUAUCUACACACUCUUCAUAAAGUGUCCACAACAACACAACCUUUGCGCAGGUCACCAAAAAUCUUAAUAGCAAAACGUUCGAAAUGGGUCGCACACUCACAACUGCAGCAACGUGUCUUCUUCUCUCAUUAUUAUUAGUGUCCCUCUGUGUGACCACCACCACCAACGCCCUAAUGCCAUACACACGUAGCAGCACCCUCUGGGACACGAUGCUCUCAUCAGAGGACCCGUUCAGAAUCCUGGAACACACCCCAUUCAGCGACAUUCCCACCACCACCAGAGGAGUGGACACUCUCGCCCUGGCACGUGCGGACUGGAAGGAGACCCCUACCGCUCACGUGAUAGCGCUGGACCUUCCCGGCAUGAAGAAGGAGGACGUGAAGAUCGAGGUGGAGGAGAAUCGCGUGCUGCGAAUCAGCGGCGAGAGGAAGGGAGAAGAAGAAGAGGUUGAGGGAGAGAAGUGGCACAGGGCGGAGAGGACUAACGGAAAGUUCUGGAGACAGUUCCGGUUGCCGCUGAAUGCGGAUUUGGAGAAGGUUACGGCGAGGCUUGAAGAUGGGGUGCUGAGGAUCACGGUGGCCAAGUUGGGUGAGGAUAAGAAGAGGCAGCCUAAGGUUAUUGACAUUGCUCAGAGGGAUUCUGCUGCUGAAGAUGUUAAGGCUACCAAGGCUGAUAUGUAAUGUGAUAUGGCAUCAACUAGUUAAAAUGUUGUUGCUUAAUGCUUAUGUUUAUUUUCCUUUUCUUUUUAUUGUUUGUGUUUAUACUAUGAGUGUUGGAAAUGGAAAUGAAAAUUGUGUGAUGUUGUUUGAAAUAAAAUCUUGAUAUAGUUAAGUAAAUAAA